UUGAAUUUUGAUUGAAAUAAAUCAAUAUUUCUUGAAGUUUAUUGCUUUCAGUUUAAUUUACUAGAUUAUUUAUAGAGUAAAAGAAAAAUAUGUUUUCUAUACUAUAUUUUAUGGUAUCAAUCACAUUAUUAUAUAAAUGCACAUGUUUUUACAAAACUCGUAACCUCAAUGCCGGCGUCGACGAAUUGCGAAACAAUCUGGAAACGUUCGUGAGACCAAUUAAAAAAUUGACAGGUAUAUUUCCCAAUCAUGAAAUCGAAGUACAAUUUGACAUAGAAAGAAACUAUGACACAGGAGCUUCGCGAAAGCGGUUCAACAAAAAGGAUCAUUCACACGAAAUAAUUCGCAAAAAAAAUAUUAUAAGACUUCGCAGGAACAAUAUGUCGACACUUUCCUCGAUAUCUGACACUAUUCCUCCUAAUACAGAGACUACCGCAUUACCAUCUAACCAAGAUCAAGAUAAUCAAAUUGUUUAUAUGAAAGAUUUGAAAAAAGCGUUAGAAAAUUUCGAGAAAAAACAUAAUAUAAUAAAUGAUCAAGAAGCCAUGCAGCCUUUGUUGAAAAAAGAUCUUUGGAUGGUAUUGGGUAUGAAAAAUGGACAACACUGCAACCAAGGCGCACGUUCAAACGAAAAGGUUUAUUCUACAACAAGACAGAAAAAUAGCCCCCAGUUUUUCGAUAUAAUAAAUACAUUGAAGAAAAGCGGACAAAUACAUAAUGAUAUUCCUAAACCCAAUGAAGAAGAAUUAAGUUGGUUGAAAAUUGAAGUUCCAGCUUAAUGAAACGUAUGAGAAAACAAAAUACAUCUACUAUAAAGUUACAUUAAUCAGUAAAUUAAUAAAAAACAAAAAAAUUGAA